UUGCAUUGAUGUGUUAUGUGUACGGUUUUUUCCAGUAUUCAAAGUAAUUGAGUUUGUUUUUUGUAAUUUAAUUGCCGAUCUGAACUUGAUUGUUCGUUCUAAUGGAGCUCAAUGAUGCGAAUCUGCUCAAUUUGAGCAAUUACUUGCUCCAGACACUUAGUCCCGACGUAAACGUUCGGCGUCCUGCGGAAAAAGCUCUGGAGCAAAUAGAAGUAAAUCAACAGUAUCCUCUGCUUCUCCUCCAUUUGGUAGACAAGGCAGACAUUGAUUUAACUAUUCGUGUAGCUGGAGCUAUAACAUUCAAAAAUUAUAUCAAAAGGAACUGGAAAGUUGAUGAGGAUGGAAGGGACAUUAUACAUAAAGAAGACCGUGAAAAUAUCAAGAGACUCAUUGUCGAUUUGAUGUUGCGCUCACCUGAAUCGAUACAAAAACAACUGUCUGAUGCAGUCUCAGUUAUUGGAAAACACGAUUUUCCUAAUCUUUGGCCAGAACUUAUCGACCAAAUGGUCGAAAAAUUCAACACUGGAGAUUUUCAUGUUAUCAAUGGUGUCUUACACACAGCUCAUUCUCUAUUCAAAAAGUACAGAUAUGAAUUUAAGAGUCAAACCUUGUGGCUAGAGAUUAAGUAUGUGCUUGAGAAGUUUGCAAAACCAGUAACUGAUCUUUUUUUGGCAACUAUGAAUCUUGCUCAAACACACGCCAAUAACGCAGAAGUUUUAAAAGUCGUUUAUAGUUCUCUAGUUAUUUUAAGCAAAAUAUUUUAUUCACUCAACUCUCAGGAUUUACCGGAAUUUUUUGAAGAUAACAUGUCCUCCUGGAUGCCAAAUUUCAAAAUUCUUUUAGGUACUAGUGUUCCAGCUCUACAAACUGAUGGUGAUGAUGAAGCUGGCGUUAUCGAACAACUGAAAUCUCAAGUUUGUGAAAAUUUAUGCUUGUAUGCUCAAAAAUAUGAUGAAGAGUUCCAGCCGUAUUUGCAAGAUUUCGUUACAGCAGUAUGGAAUUUACUUACUUCUACAGGUCAACAACCAAAAUAUGACAUGUUAGUGUCAAAUGCUUUACAAUUUUUAUCAACAGUUGCCGAUCGCGCGGCUCAUCAGCAUCUUUUUCAAGAUCCAGCAGUUCUUAGUAGCAUUUGCGAAAAAGUUAUUAUUCCCAAUAUGGAGUUCCGAGAGUCUGACAACGAAUUGUUUGAAGAUAAUCCUGAAGAAUACAUACGAAGAGAUAUCGAGGGUAGCGACGUUGACACGCGUCGACGAGCUGCUUGUGAUCUCGUGAGAACACUAUCAAAGUACUUUGAAGCCAAGAUUAUGGAGAUUUUCUGUUCUUACAUACAAGCCAUGCUACAAAAUUAUGCCUUAAAACCGGAAGAAAAUUGGCGCAGCAAAGAUGCAGCCAUAUAUUUAAUCACAAGCAGCGCCAGCAAAGGACAAACGCAAAAGCACGGUGUAACGCAGAGUAGCGAUUUGGUGCCACUUCCUCAGUUUGCCGAGCAACACAUUUUACCGGAGUUGGCAAAAUCUAAUGUUAACGAGUUGCCAGUUCUGAAAGCCGAUUCCAUUAAAUUUAUAAUGGUAUUCAGAUCGAUUUUGCCACGGGAACAAGUCGUUGGAAGUUUACCACAAAUGAUAAGGCACUUGUCUGCUUCAAGUUCUGUGGUACACAGUUAUGCUGCUUGCGCCAUUGAAAAGAUACUUGCUCUUAAAGGACCAAAUAAUACAGCGGUAAUGAGUGCACAAGACAUUUCACCAUUGGCUGGUGAACUACUGACGCAGUUGUUUACAGCUUUUGACCAUCCGGGAGCCGAGGAAAAUGAGUACAUCAUGAAAGCCGUAAUGAGAAGUUUUGUUACAUUACAAGAAGCUGUCGUGCCUUACUUGGAGAACUUACUCGUCAAAUUAACAGCAAAACUCAGCCUUGUUGCCAAGAAUCCUAGUCGUCCUCAUUUCAAUCACUAUCUUUUUGAAACGAUCGGCAUAUCAAUAAAGAUCGUUUGCAAAACAAAUCCAAGCGCUACCACAUCUUUCGAAGUAGUGUUAUUGCCUACGUUUGAAAUUAUUUUGCAACAAGAAGUAUAUGAAUUCUAUCCAUAUGUUUUCCAAAUUUUUGCUUUGCUUUUGGAGUUGCAAGCAGGAUCUGGCCUAUCCGAUUCGUACAUAACACUAUUUCCUUGUUUAUUAGAGCCGAUUCUAUUUGAAAAGUCUGGCAAUAUUCCUCCGCUAAGCCGAUUAUUGCAAGCAAUGGUUAGCAAAGGAGUAGAACAGAUUAUAGCUUUAGACAAAGUUAGUGGAUUGCUAGGAGCUUUCCAAAAACUCAUAGCUUCCAAAGCAAACGAUCACGAGGGCUUCAAUUUGCUUCAAGCCAUCAUUGAGCACUUCCCACCAAAUGUUAUGGAGCCUUACAUGAAGCAGAUCUUCACAUUACUCUUCCAAAGGCUUUCAUUCAGCAAAACAACGAAAUUCGUAAAGAGCCUCAUUGUAUUUUUCAAUUUCUAUGUUAUUCGAUACGGAGCGACGAAUCUUGUGAAUUUAAUAGAUUCCAUUCAAGCCAAUAUGUUUGGAAUGGUGAUAGAAAAAGUUUUUAUUGCCGAUUUGCAAAAAGUGUCUGGUGAAUUUGAAAAAAAGAUAACAGCAGUGGGCCUUUCGAACAUCUUGGUCGAGUGUCCCGCUAUGCUGCAGAGUCCGUACAACAUAUGGUAUCCUCGUCUUUUAGCUAGCCUAAUCGAAUUCUUCGAAUUGCCACAGGAUCAAACUCAGUUGGUAGAAGACGAUCAAUUUUUAGAAUUUGAAGAUGCAUCAGUUGGAUAUCAAACAGCUUACAGUCAAUUAAUUUUUGCCAAAAAUCCUAAACCAGAUCCAUUACCGGCAAUCACGGAUGUGCGCUUGCAUCUGGCCGCAGGACUCGGUAGGAUGGAGCCAGGUCAAAUACCCAGUUUGCUUGGCCAAAUUCCAACUCCAAAUGCAAUGCAUCUCAGGAGUUAUUUACAAACUGCCGGGAUCACAGUCGCGUAAUGCGAACUUUGAGUGUUGGCCCGACUGAAAAUUCAUUUGUUGACGCGCAAAUUGAGUAACAUUCAAACUUGAUUAAUCAUGAAAUGUUAAACAUCUUGCGGCUUGCAAGCAUGUAUUAAUAAAACUUUUUUUGUACAAUGAACUGCAUUGAUUGUUGUGAUUAAAAGUUUAUAUGCAUAUUUUUUUGUCACUUACGCAAUGAUUAUUUUUUUAAAAAUUUGUAUUAAUUUUCGUCGAAUUUUUUCCAUCCAACAAUCUAUGUGCUAAUUGAAAAUUUGAGUAUGCUUAUACGUAACAAAGUAAUGUACAUGUAUUUAUUUUUUUAUAAUACAGAUUAAUGUACAGAAUAACUACUUUACUUUUUAGCUCAGGAAAUACUCACAUUUUCAAAAAAUAAAAUAAACGUGUAUUAAGACCAGCAACAUUAAUAAAUAAUUUA